AUGCCAUCAUUGCCACUGCGGGUGGCUGUGGUCUGCUUCAGUAAUCAGAAUCGGAGCAUGGAGGCCCACAAUUUCCUGAAAAGACGAGGUAUUAGUGUUCGGUCCUUCGGAACAGGAGCAUAUGUGAAGCUUCCGGGACGAUCACCUCAUAGACCGAAGGUAUACGAUUUCAAAACCACCUAUGAUCAGAUGUAUAAAGAUCUUCUGAAGAAUGAUCAGGCUUUCUAUACCCAUAAUGGCAUUUUACAUAUGCUGAAUCGAAAUAAGAGAAUCAAGCCUGCGCCAGAACGGUUUCAGAACUGUAAGGAUACGUUUGAUCUGAUACUUACAUGUGAAGAGCGAGUCUAUGACCUGGUGGUGGAAGAUUUGAAUUCCAGAGAGCAGGAGACCUGCCAACUUGUCCAUGUGGUCAAUGUCGAUAUCCAGGACAACUACGAAGAUGCCACCAUUGGAUCGUUCCUCCUUUGUGAUCUCUGCCAGUGUAUGCAGGAGACAGAGGACUUGGACAAUGAGAUUGAGGAGCUGCUGCUUGUGUUUGAGGAAAAGACUGGCAAAGCUUUCCUGCACACUGUCUGCUUUUAUUGA